GAGUUUUUUAUAUAAUUUUGAUAGGUAAAAUCUUUACAAAUUUAUAUAAUGCACGUUGUCGUCAUAUUAACAGAUAUAAUAUAGAUAGAAUCAGCUGAAGAGAUGUACACAUAAUUUGUCUUUAAACGAAAUAUUGUUACAAAUAUUGUUUAUAAUACGUAUUAUUAAUGUUAUUCGUCAUAUAGGAUUCCAUAUUUUGUUAGAAGAUCGUUUCUUCGAUUUGAUCACACUAUAGCUUCGUUAUAAAACGCUUGACGUUAAAAAUAGUCGGAUACAUCGUUGUAAGAAAAACAAAUAAUAUGUCUAGAAAAGAUUUUGAUAUCAUCAGGCGAUAAAUGUUAUCGUAUAAACGUGUAAACGUAUGUAUCAUCCAGAAUAAAAGAUCGUUUAAAAGAUUCGGAAUAUUAACUUUGUUUACUAUACUCGUUUGAACUGAAAUAUUUAAUUAUUAAUUUAUUAAUCUCUUAUUGAGAUUCAAUGGAGAACGAGGAAAAAAUGGAUAAAAAAUCAAUAAUUGUAGAAAAUGAAAAAGAUAAAUCUGACGUUUCUUCACAAACGAAAAAGAUUGGAAAUACAACGAAUGUACAGUCUCAAAAAUCUGAUACUACAAACACUGGAAAUGAUGAAUUAAUUCAUUCGCGACAAUCGCGCGAAGUUCAAACGGAUAUCGCGUAUACAGAAACAGUAGGAAAAUUAAAAAAUCGGCUAGAUACGUUGAUGAAUUCUUUAGCUACUCUUUCGGCAGAAAAAUCUAAAAUGGAAGCAAAUUUUCAACAGGAUAAAAAGCAGUUGAGAAACGAACGAGACGAAUGUGAAAAAAUAAUCAAGGAUUUGAAAGAAAAAUUAAAUAAAGUGCAAACUACGAAUUACUCUGAAAUCGAGCAUGUGAAAUGUAAAUUAAUUAUGGAACGUCACGAGAGGGAAAGAGAGCAAGCUGAUCAUGCAAAAAUGAUAAAAGAACUACAAAAAUUAUUACAUGAUGAACGACGAAACAAAGAACAACUUGAAGCACAAGUAAAAAGUCAGUUUGCACAUAAGACACAAUGUAAAAUACUUGAAGCUGAAUUAGAAAUAGCUAGAAAUAAGCUUAAACAAGCAGAAGAAGCAGCUAAAGAAACACCCCCGAUUCUACUAUCACUCCAAUCUGAAAUGGCUCUAAUGAAGAAACAACAUUUAAAUGCGAUACAUGAAGAACAAAAAAGAGCUGCUGCUGCAGAACAACAAGCCAGAGCAUUAGCAAUGACUCAUGAAGCAAGAGUAGCUGGUCUAGAAGCAAGACUAGCUGAACUUUCAGAAAUUGUUGGAGGAUAUGAUAGACUCAGACAGCAAGAUCAACAAGCCAUACAGAAACUGAAAGACCAACUAAUUAAUUUACAAGACUCUGAACAUGAGUAUAUUACAUUAAAUAAUGAACCUGAAGAGAUCAUUUCUAGAAUAAAAAAUCUGUAUACCAAAUUGUUAGAUUUAGAUAAUAAAAAAAGCGAAUCAGCACAUGUUAAAUCAUUAUUACAUAGCUUAGAUUUAUAUGAUAAACAACAAAUUAUUGAUUAUAAAGAAAAGUAUGAAACUUUGUUGCAAGAAUUCGAAGAUUAUAAGCAGCAAAUGAAGUAUAGUAAUGUUGGAAACAUAUCGUAUAAUAUUCAGAGUCAAAAUAUUGCAUCAUCUUAUGAUAAAAAUAGUAAAACACAAUUACAUAUGUUAAAAGCACAUAAUAAUAAUCUAGAAGAACGAAUACGUGUUUUAAAUAACGAAAUUGUGAAUAAGGAAAGGGAAUUGAAGUUAAAAUUGGAGCAUCAGGAAAAGGCAAAUUUUUUUCUUUUCUUUGAUCACUCGGUGACAAAUUAAAUCAACUAUAUUUAAAAUAA